AUGGCACCCUCACAACCACUCACCCACCUCCUGGACACCCUGGUCCUCGCGACCCGCACCAUGGGCAACGACGUCCCCUCGCCCGUCGUGCGGCGGCAGGCGCCCGCGACGGUCACGGUCAUCAGCACGCAGGGCGGGAACGCGAACCAGCAGCUGUCGGGCGGGGAGAUCGCGGGCAUCGUGAUCGGGUCCAUCGCAGGCUUCCUGCUAAUUAUCUGGCUGAUCCGCUGGUCGUGCACGCAGCAGAGGGUGCCGGACGAGAAGCCGAGCUACUACCACCAGGAGGUGUCGCCGGGGAGGCACCGGAGCCGCAGUUACGGCCACCGCCACCACCACCACCAUCGCCACUCCAGGAGCAGGAGCCGCGGGCCGGACGUCAGGGUCGUCCACAGCCACACGAGCGCGCAUCCCGGCGGUCAUGCCGAGCCGGCCGAGCCGACGAGGGUGUAUUACGAGAAGCGAAGGCGGAGCCACAGUCGGUACUGA